AUGAUUGUACCUGUACCUUCCUCGCUUUCGCCAGUAUUAAUUAAUGUCAAAAAUGGAGAAAUCGUUCAUCAACGAAUCUUGUUAGUUUAUGGACAAGCGGGUCCCAAAGAUAGAGACUUUAAAUCAAAUAUUACUGUUGAACAUCAUGUUAAUAAUUUUCCUUCAACCACUUGGCCAGUUUUCAAUUCUCAUUUCAAAAGUCUCGUACAUCUUGAUCCUGGUCCUAAUGAUAUAAAAUUCAUUCUUGAUCAAGAACCUUAUUCAUCACCAUCAACUUUUUCACCACCAUUAACAACCACGAUAACCAUUAAUUAUAUCCCAUUAUUACAAAAUCCUCCUUUACAUUUGGCUAUUUUAGUAGCUAAAGAUUCUAAUUUGGUUAUUGAUGCGCCACCCGAAAAAGUUGUUAACGCAGAAAAUAAUUUAUCGAGUGUCGUAGCUAAAUUUAGAUGUGCCGCUUAUUUAGUUUUUCGAUUAGAAGAAGAAUGGCAACCAGAUACAAUCUCGGGACAAAAACGCGCAUUGCGUCAAACCGCCAAAAUUCACAUUGUCAAAUCAGAUUUUACCUUAAAAGAAAUAUUGGAUCCACAAAGAGCUCAACAAUAUAAACCACCUCCAGGUGAAGAACCCAGUAAAAAAGAAAGUUUAUAUGAUAUAUUCAUGAAAGCUUUAAAAAAUUAUGGACCCCCUUUCACUGAUCCUAGAGAUAACAGCGAUAAGGAUAAUAGCCUUCAAUGUUACGUUGCCGGAUUAAUUCUAGAUUCUCAUUGGGAUCCUAAAAUGAAAUUAAUUCGAGGUCAUGCAGCUUUGGGAGGAGGAGAUGGUGAUAUUAGAUUAGGAAUAUUUGGUAGUCACGCAACUCAUGCUUGGCCAAAAUAUUUAGAAGAAGUUGUGAAUUGUUUUCAAGAUAAUACGAAAACCGAUGAAAGUAUUUUAGCUAAUGAUUGUGGAGAAAGCGGAACUUGGUGGAGAUGUUUAGGUCAUGCUUUAACUUGUCCGCAUUCUGCCUCAGAACCAAAUAAUCCUUAUCCUAUUAAACCUUCCGAUGAAAAUGGAGCACAUUGGCAUAGAUGUGACGUACUCAGAUUUCGAUAUCAUCCGUGUUUCCGUAUUCCUCGUGAUCCACCCAGAAAUUAUGAUAAUUUAUGUCCUGAUUUUUGGCCAUCUGAUGAUGCAAUAUUAAUUUGUUGUAAUUCGAAUAUAUCAUUAAUCGAAUUGCAUAUUAAUGAUCGAUAUAAAGAUCACUUUGAAUUUAUUGAUUAUUUUAGAGAUAAUUAUGGUGAUGAUAGAAAUAAUAGUAAUGAUGGUAAUAGAAACAGAUUACAUGAUGGUGAUGUGAAAUUAAGUAUAUCCGAAAUUAAAAAACGUAUUAGUUGGAAUCCUAAUGAUAUUAUUUCAAUUCAAGUUAUUGGAAGAAAUCAAACAGAAAAUUCGUUAAAUAAUAUCUUGAAAUUCUUAGAUGAACAUCAAAUCGAAUUACCAUCUAUAGGAAAAGCGUUAAAAAGUUCAAUGUUAGGGAAUGGUCAAGGACAAAAAUUUCAAGUGAUAUUCAAAAAAUCAUCCGAAAAAUCUUCUUCAUAUCUAAAAAAAGUAACCAUAAAAUAUGGAUCAUUUAUUGAUUCUAUUAACUUUUUUUGGUCAGAUGAAUCAGUUUCAUCUAUAGGAGGUAAGGGAGGUCAUAAUAAAUAUAGUUUCACUUUAGAUAAGGAAGAAAAGAUUUUAGGCAUUAAAGUUAGAUCUGGUUGGUGGAUUGAUGGAUUAAUGUUUAAAACUAAUAAGAAAAAUACUGAAUGGAUUGGUGGUAACGGUGGUUCUUUACAUAAUUUAUUUUUACCUAAAAAUUAUGAAAUGAUAGGAAUCUUCGGAACUAAAGAUAAAUUAAUUGAUGGUCUUGGAAUUAUUUAUCAAAAACAAUAA